GGGAGGGCUUCCCAUGAAAAUGGAUGGAUGUAGCAAAACUUGUGUGUAUUUACUAUUUUUAAUGUUGAUUAUUGAUCUAUUUUUCAAUGCAAUGCCAUGUGUGUCUUUCACUUCAUAUGUGUUCGGGGACUCUCUAGUGGAUGCUGGAAACAAUGACUAUAUAUUCACACUUUCGAAGGCCAAUUCGCCUCCAUAUGGGAUCGAUUUCAAGCCCUCCGGUGGAAGACCUACAGGUAGAUUCACAAAUGGGCGGACCAUAUCGGAUAUUGUAGGUCAAGCUCUCGGAGCCAAGUCAUUUCCUCCACCAUACCUGGCCCCAAAUACUCAAUCCGAUGCACUUCACGGAGGAAUAAAUUAUGCAUCUGGAGCCUCAGGAAUAUUGGACGAAACAGGGUAUUUAUUUAUUGGAAGAAUUCCACUGAGCGAGCAAGUGAAGUAUUUUGAGGAAAAUAGAAGUUAUAUGGUAAACGCAAUGGGAGAGAAUGUUACAAAAGAAAUCUUAAACAAGGCAAUCUUCUCGCUAACAAUUGGGUCUAACGACGUUCUGUCCUAUAUUCAACCAUCAAUACCUUUUCUUGGGCACAACAAGGUCUCCCCCACUCUAUUCCAACAAUUUAUGGUCUCUAACUUUACUAUACACCUAAAGCGACUGCAUGAGUUGGGAGCCAGAAAGUUCAUAGUAGUUGGGGUUGGACCUCUAGGUUGCAUACCAUAUGUCCGUGCCCUAAAUCUAUUGCCAAGUGGGAAAUGCUCGGUCGAGGUUAACGAAUUCAUUCAAGGCUACAAUAACAAACUCAAGGACACGCUCAAACAAUUAAACAAGGAUUUGGGUCCCCAGUCUGUCUUUGUUUAUGCCAAUUCCUACGAUAUCUUUAUGAGGAUUAUUAUGUCUUAUCGCCAAUACGGGUUUGAGGAUUCAGAUGGACCAUGUUGCGGUGGGUAUUUUCCUCCAUUCAUUUGCUUAAAAGGAAAAAAUGGAGACAAUAGCUCGGUAAUGUGCUCGGAUCGAUCUAAGUAUGUGUUUUGGGAUGCAUACCAUCCAACAGAAGCAGCUAAUCUCAUCAUUGCAAAGGAGUUAGUAGAUGGCGUUGGCGAUGAGAGCAUUACAUCUCCGAUCAAUAUCCGCCAGCUUUAUAACUAUAAUUACUCCAAAUGAACCACUUUUGUGUUAAGAAACCGAUCAGAGAUUAAAACCAUAUAUAUUUAAUAAUAAAUAAAUUAACCAAGUAUUUUAUUUAUUUAAUUUUUUUAAAAACAGGAAGAAGAUCAAGAAAUAUAUAUGUUCGUCGUCCUCCAUAUAAGAAUAUGUAAUAACAUUCUAGAAUGGGGCAUUUAACAGAGGUCAACUCUGUAGCUAGCAACGGUUUUCUGACAGACAGCUAUUUAAGUAUUCCAUAUUAAGACAGAUAGU